CGACUAUUCCCCCUCUCCUGAAUAGCACAUCUAACAACCUCCAUCUAAGCUUCAGCUCGGAUAUAAGUGUCUCAGCUGCUGGUUUUCACUUGGAAUAUACAGCUAUUGGUCUGGAGUCAUGUUCCGAGCCACAGACGCCAAACUAUGGAAUAAGGCAAGGAGACCGAUUUAUGGUGGGAGACGUCGUACAGUUUUUAUGUGAACAAGGAUACUCUCUUCAGGGCAAUGCUCAUAUCACCUGCAUGCCUGGACCUGUGAGAAGAUGGAACUACCCUGUGCCACUAUGUCUCGCUCAGUGUGGUGGGUCUAGGAAAGAAGUAAGUGGAGUGAUUUUAAGUCCUGGUUUCCCCGGCAACUACCCCAGUGGAUUAGACUGCACAUGGACAGUCAACUUACCUGUGGGCUUUGGAAUCCACCUUGCGUUUCUAAACUUCUCCACCGAAGCGAUCCACGAUUACUUGGAGAUCCGCAGUGGAACCCUGGAGAUGGGCUCGGUGAUCGACCGGUUCAGCGGCCCGGUCACCCCCAAGUCUCUGUUCAGCACCACCCACCAGACCAGCUUCUUCUUCCACAGCGACUACUCACAAAACAAGCCAGGGUUCCACAUCACAUAUCAAGCCUACCAGCUUCAGAGUUGUCCAGACCCUCGGCCUUUUCGAAAUGGCAUCGUGAUUGGCACAGAUUUCAGCGUAGGGAUGACGGUGUCGUUUGAAUGUCUGCCCGGAUACUCUCUGAUCGGCGAGGCGUCGCUCACAUGUUUACACGGAAUCAGCAGGAACUGGAAUCACCCACUGCCACGAUGUGAAGGUAACACAGAACUAACUGUGUCAGAAUGA